AUGAGUUUGGAAAUGGACUACGAGACAAUCUUUCAUGUCAUGGAUUCAUGGGAGCUCUUGCGCAGGAUCCCGGACCAUGAGCAAAUUGCGGGCACCAUCCUUUUUACGCACCUCUUUCAAAAAUGCCCCGAGACCAAGGUUUUGUUUGGCUUUCCUUUGGAUAUGGACCCCGGCAGUGAAAAGAUGCAACAGUCCAAGCCCUUUGUCAGGCACGCUUCCAACGCUUUGAACAUGCUUGGGCCAGACGCGGAGUUGCUUGCUGAAAUCUUGGGCGGCCGUAAGUGCAUGCCUGAUGAACCACCUUUUGCACGGUGUUGA